AUGUCCGCCUCAGUCUCCAAUGCUCGCGAACGAUCCCGAAUGCGUGUGCUAUCUGGUGCCUUUGUCGAACUGAAAGGUGCAUUACCAUGGGUACCGAAAGAUACAAAACUGUCGAAACUGGAUACCCUGAAACUGGCCGCGGGCUAUAUUGCUUAUUUGCGCCGGAUACUGGAUACGGGACCAACUGGUGCGGGUACCACAUCGAUCGGGAUUUCCGACUCAGAUGAGGCUAUGACCGAAUCAGACAGUCUACUGGAUGAGAUGAAUACACCGGAUCCUCACAAGAACUCAAAAUUGUCCAUCCUACAACUGAGGUGCAAAACCUCCAAAUGUAAAUAUAUAUAUAUAUAG